GUAUCUUUUACUCAUCAUAAAACAAGCUCCACCGAAACAAUUUCAAUUCAAAUCCCAUUUUCUCUCUCAAAUCAAUCGAAAAAAUCCCCUAAAUUCUGCGGUUUGGAAACCCUAGAGCUGCGCCUGUAUCCAUGGAGAUGAUUCACUGCAAGGCGAUUGCAUCCAUCUUCCUUUUAUCGAUUACUCUGAUCUUGCCUUUUGCCCAAGCCACCGAUGUCAAGUAUUGCAAUGGGAAAACUGAUUAUGAUGUUAAGGUGAAAGCAGUGGAGAUAUCGCCGAAUCCAGUUGCUAGAGGGCAGCCAGCUACCUUCAGUAUCUCUGCAACCACAGAUGAAGCAAUCUCUGGAGGCAAAUUGGUGAUUGACGUUGCAUACUUCGGAUGGCACAUUCAUAGUGAGACUCAUGACCUUUGCGAAGAGACAUCCUGCCCUGUGUCUGAUGGUGAUUUCUUAGUGUCCCACUCACAAGUUUUACCAGGAUUCACUCCACCAGGUUCAUACUCUCUUAAGAUGAAGAUGUAUGAUGGUAAAAACCAUGAACUAACUUGCAUUGGAUUUGACUUCAGUAUUGGGUUGGCAUCACCCGUUGCAGAUAGUUAAGCACCUGAAGAUUUGCUGAGUCUAUUAUCACCAUGGAAAUAGCAUGUACAAAGAAAUCUCUAUAUCUUGUACCUUGCUGCUACUUUACCUUUAUUGCUACAGUUUGUUGUGUAAUAUGUGAAUCUUAAGCUUUCAUGAGAUUAGGACUAAUGCAGUGGUUACUUUUAUUGAGGAUCUA